UAUCUGUGGUUUCUUUAAUCUCUAUUUCAGGAGGAUAUAUUAAUCGGACCAUCCCAGAAAAGUUUGGAUUGUUAAUAGGAAGUGAUUUUGAUAAUGAUAGCGAUUGUCAGGGACAAAGUAUUGAAACCCCAAACCUGUAUAAAUACAUUCUUUUGUCAGACAACGGCAUUUGUAUCGGAAAUCCAGUAAUGGAUAGUAUUAGUUUUAAGGUCAAGGCUAAGAGUGAUGCACACGUAGCUUUGAUGUUUUCAAAUACUGACCAAGAUCCUCUUUAUGAAAUAGUUUUGGGUGGUUGGGCUAACAAAAAGUCUAUCAUCCGUUACAGCAAAGAAGGGUUACCAUUGGCAACGCAUCGUGGACCAGUACUCAAACAAACUGUAUAUAGGACAUUUUAUAUUAAAUGGAGCAAUGGACAUAUUAGAGUAGAAGAUGGAAGUAAAUUGACAAUCAUGGAAUGGACUCAUACUUCAAGCUCGUUUGAAAUCAGAAAUAUUGGAAUUUCUACAGGAUGGGGUUCAAUCGGAUAUUGGUCAUUUCCAUGUCAAGAUUGUCAGGAAAACGAAAAAAAGAAUAAGAACAAUACCGAACUCCAAGAUUGUCAGGGACCAAGCAUUGAAACCCCAAACCUGUAUAAAUACAUACUUUUGUCAGACAAUGGCAUUGGUAUUGGAAAUCCAGUAGCCGAUAGUAUUAAUUUCAAAGUUAAGGCUAGCAGCAAUGCACAGGUAGCUUUAAUGUCUUCAAAUACUGACCAGGAUCCUCUUUAUGAAGUAGUAUUGGGGGGUUGGGCUAACUCAAAGUCGGUCAUCCGUGACAGCAAAGAAGGGGUAGCAUUGGCAACACAUGAUGGACAAGUACUCAAACAAACUGAAUAUAGGACAUUUUACAUUAACUGGCGAAAUGGUCAUAUUAGAGUAGAAAAUGGAAGUAAAGCAAAAAUCAUGGAAUGGACUGAUACUUCAAGCCCAUUGAAAAUCAGAAAUAUUGGAAUUUCUACAGGAGGGGGUUCAACAGGGAAUUGGUCAUUCCCAUGUCAAGGUACGAACGAUUUGUUAUUAAGUUUUGAGUUGGAAAAGUUGCGAUCAUAUGCAUUGUGGUGAUCUUU